AGUAUCUAGGGUCUAAAUGUUGAUGUGACUAUAAGCUCUACAGAGUGACUCUGAGAAGAGCCUCCACAAGAAGUCGAAUUAGUCUCUUUUCUGCAGCGUCAUCCUGUUCUUCUUGUAUUUUUUCUUUGUUUGUUCUUUUUGUCGCUGUGUGGGUGUCUGUUUAAUACACUAUAAUUCUGGCAGCAAAAAUCUAAUAUUUCUGCUUGUUAACACUGGUAUUAAAGUUUCUCUGUACUUUAAUAGAUUCAUGAUGAGAUUUUGAUUUUAUGGUGAGAACUGCAGUAAAGAUUUCUUAGUAAUAAUCAACACUAUGUUUGUUUGUUUUUAUUCUAGGUGUCUGUGAUUCUGACACUGAUGGUACCAUACAAUGAAAUUGAUGAGGAUGCACCACUGAUGGAGAUGUUUGCCAUGCAUGGUUGUAUGUUCGCAAAGUACAUAGUGGCGGUAGGCUCUAUAGCUGGACUGACUGUAUCCCUCCUGGGUUCGCUGUUCCCCAUGCCCAGGGUCAUCUAUGCCAUGGCAGGAGAUGGCCUGCUCUUUAAGUUUCUGGCCCAUGUGUCUUCCUACACAGAGACCCCUGUUGUAGCCUGUGUGGUUUCAGGCUUUCUGGCUUCCUUGCUGUCCCUCCUGGUCAGCCUUAGAGACCUCAUAGAGAUGAUGUCCAUAGGAACGCUUUUGGCCUAUACCCUGGUGAGUCUCUGUGUGCUUCUCUUACGCUACCAACCUGAGGGAGACAUCCAUGGUUUUGUGAACUUUCUCUCUGAGGAGCAGAAUAAAAAGAGGAAGGAAGGCGUUCUGGCUGAGUGUGAGAAAGACGCCUGCUCACCAACCAGCGAGGCCGAUGAGUAUGGCGGUCCGCCCACUAACACCUGCGGAGCCAAAAACCUGCCUUCGCUCGGUGACAAUGAGAUGCUGAUUGGCAAACCAGAUAAAAAUGCAUACACGGCCAAUCACCCUAACUAUGGUACAGUGGAUAUGACUACUGGUAUUGAAGCAGAAGAAUCAGAAGGUGGCCUGUCCCGGCGGUUAAAGAAGCUGAUUGGACCACGCUACUAUACCUUGAGGAUCCGACUGGGCCUACCGGGAAAAAUGGAUAGACCGACUCCAGCGACGGGGAAAACCGUCACUGUGUGUGUUCUGCUGCUCUUCAUCUUCAUUUUUGCUUUCUGCUCCUUCAUAAUUUUUGGAGCUAGCACUAUUGGGGAGGGUCGUUGGUGGGCCUUGCUGCUCUUGAUCGUCUUCAUCAUUAUCAUUGCCCUACUAGUCAUCAUCAUCCUGCAACAACCAGAGAAUCCUAAGCGACUUCCCUACAUGGCACCCUGUGUGCCCUUCGUACCUGCUUCAGCCAUGCUGGUUAAUAUCUACCUCAUGCUCAAACUAUCUGCAAUCACCUGGAUACGAUUUUCAAUCUGGUGCCUCGUGGGUGUGCUCAUAUACUUUGGCUAUGGCAUGUGGAAUAGUACUCUGGAAAUCACAGCCAGAGAGAAUGAGGUGCAUGCUUCCACCUACCAGCGCUACGAUCAAGGUGUUGACGAAGGCUUCUGCGGCUUCGAAGAUGAUUUCUACCCACCUACCACUGACGCCUGGGGUGCGCCAGACGGGGCAUCAGGGCUAACCUCGCCCCCUGUGGCAAAACCUGAAAAUGAUGGGAUGCCAUCGAAAAGUGGAGGCAGAACCAUUGCCAAUCAUGGCCUCGCGGAGGAGGAUCCAAUGGAUUUCUAAGGGACUGACUCUGCGUUACCCUGAAUGUACUGCCUUGUCUGCUGCCUGGGGGAUGGGAGGGGAAGAAUAUGUGAGUGCACGAAUGACUCUGUAUGUGUGUGUGUGUGUGCGUGUACAUGCCAGCAUGUGUGUUUUUUUGUGUGUCCAACUCUUGGGCUAGAUUGUUUGUUGGCAGUGGAACUGCUUUUCUAUCACUUUAUUCCACCGUGCCUGGCUCCCCCGCUUCCACAGAAAUUUCGAUGUCAAGGUUGUGAGUGUCUUGACUCAUUUGCUUGUUAUUACUUACUGGAAUCCACAUGCCACACAAAGAAAGGCCAGACAGAAAAAGUGCAGAUGUAGCAAGAGAUAAAAUAUAAUGUGGCUCUUUGAACUCUGA